UAAUCUUUUUUUUUCUAACUAUUAUAAUUUAAGCCCUUUAACUAGGUUAUACUUGAUAUCACAGUCGACAUCCCCUAGACGACUCUGGUCAUUGGCAAGUCUAUUAUUAGAGAUAUCUACAUCCCCCUUCACCAAGCGGUCCCUGCAAGGUUCACUGCUUCCCCGGAGCGAGGGUCCGUGACAUUCAACGUAGACUCCCAAGCAUCCUCACCGGCUACACCAAGGUCAGCACCAUAAAUGUACAUGUGGGCACAAACGACACCAGAGCAAGACAGACAGAAGUCCUGAAGGCAGACUUCACAGCCCUCCUCACUACCCUCAUGGACACAGGAAGACGGAUCGUCAUUUCUGGGCCCCUACCUACCAGAGAGGCGCUGAGAGAUGGUCCAGACUUUUUAAACUCCACACCUGGCUGCGAGCGACUUGCGCUUCAUUAGUCAUUAACCUUUGUUAACAACUUUGACCUGUUCUGGGAGAGGCCCAGCCUGCUGAAGCAUGAUGGACUCCACCCAAACCGGAUCGGAGCCAGUCUGCUGUCGGACAACAUGAGGACCACCCUAAGGCAUUGACAUCCUGCAGAAAACAUCACAGACUCAUGCCCCCCAGAUUGUGAAGGCUCAAGACAAGACACCUGACACCAUGAACGUUGAAGCAGGAAAACCCACUGGGCUGGUUGCUGCCACCUUCACUCCUCUCUCUGAACAGGGUGAGAUAAACUUGUCCCAGAUCAAGCCCUAUGUUGCGUAUCUGAUCAAGAAACAAGGUGUUAAACGUGUCUUUGUGAAUGGUACUACAGGGGAAGGGAUGUCUCUCAGUGUGAAAGAGAGAAAGGCUCUGGCGGAGGAGUGGUGUCACCAGGGCAACAACAAGUUGGAGCAGGUGAUAGUACACGUGGGUUGUAUGAGCCUAAAAGAUUCGCAGGAACUGGCUCGCCAUGCUGUUACAGCUGGGGCACAUGGGAUAGCUGUCAUCUCUCCAUCCUUCCUUAAACCGUCCAGUGUAGAUUCUCUGAAGCUGUACCUAAAGGAAGUAGCGAUGGUGGCCCCCUCUUUGCCGUUCUACUACUACCACCUCCCGGCUGUGACCGGAGUCAACCUGGCGGCCAGAGAUGUGCUGGAGGGGAUAGAGACGCAGAUUCCCUCCUUCAGGGGGGUGAAGUUCAGUGGUACUGACUUGCUGGACCUGGGGUUAUGUGUGAGCUACUGUCCUGCCCACUGGUCAGUGCUGUAUGGGGUGGAUGAGCAACUGCUGGGAGGUCUGGCCAUGGGUGCCUGUGGAGCCGUGGGCAGCACGUACAAUUACAUAGGCUUGACCAACAACAAGAUGCUGGCUUUGUUUGAAGGAGGUGACCUUACCACAGCCAGGGAGAUAGAGUUCAAGAUCCAGGCUGUCAUGUCUGACCUCUUCAAGCUAGGUUUCGACCUGCCCAUGAACAAGCAGCUGAUGAGUGAGGUGUCAGGUAUUAACUUGGGCCCCCCCCGCCUGCCCCUCCAGCCCUGCGACCCCCUCCCCAUCGCCACCAGCGCUCUCUCCCUGCAGCGGCUCCACUACACCCUGGACAGCUCAUCGGGGCAGAAGUCAUAGGUCACCGUUCUUGGAGGGAGGGGGGGGGGGGGGGUGAGCCCAGUGAUCUGCAGUCAAACGCUUGAUCAAGAGAUCCCCAUGUGUUGAUUUGGAUAAAAGCGUCUGCUAAAUGAAUACAUUGCAUUAUUAUUUUCAAAUGUUCGAUAUGGUGCCUUUAGGUUUCACUUGAGUGGUAAGAUCAGCUGUGAGAAUGAAAUGAAUGCAGUACAGUACAUUCCUGUGGGCCAGUCCUGAUGUUGGGGUUAAUAUAGAAAUGUGCUCCACACUCCUUCAGUUUACUUGUCCAUGUGUCGACUCCAGAUCGCUAAGGAAACGGGUUCUGACUUCCUUAUUCUCGUCAAGCAGUAAUAACACCGAUACAAAAUGGUGUUUACUGUCUUGUUCUCAGCAGCCAGAGAAAAACUCUCCAGACUUUCAGUUCAUUUGCCACUUCUUAGUUGAUAUGAUGUCAAUGUACAUUGACAGCCUCAUUAUUUGAAUAUUACUGUACUUUAUUGCAAUGGAGGACAUUGCACUACAUUAACUAAGCCUACAUCAGUAAUGUAUUAAGACUAGUCCAACAUACUUUUUGGCCCAGUUUCCCCAGACAUGGAUUAAGCCUAGUCCUUGCCAAAUCUUUUUGGAUGAUGGAGAUCUUCAUUGAAUUUUUAUCUUACUUUAGGGACUAAGCUUAAUCCAUGUAUGGGAAACUGGACCUUUAAAAUAUAUAUUAGUCCAGACUAAAAAGGGAAUUAUAUAUGUUUUUAACUUUGUAAACACACUUGCAAAUGUCUUAAUAAAUUGA